AUCAUAACUCAGCUACUUGCAGAGCCUCGACAAGCUCGACCUCUCACACAACAAUCUUUCAGGUAUCAUUCCAACAAGUUUCAAGGUCAUGAAAGCGCUGACAUACAUCGAUAUAUCAAACAAUCAACUCGAGGGUCCACUUCCAGACAAUCCAUCAUUUCGAAACGCAACAGCAGAUUCAUUGGAGGGAAACAGAGGCUUAUGCAGUAAUAUUCCUACACAAAGGUUGAAAUCAUGCCCUAUUACUUCCCGAGGGAAGAAUGGCUUCCUUGUGUUUUGGAUCCUAGGAGCACUCGUCAUUCUCUCUAUAUGCGCAGGGAUAUUUACCUACUACCUUCGGAAACGAAAACAGAAAAAUGGAAACAACAACUCAGAUGAUGAAACUGGAGAGACUUUGUCCAUCUUUUGCUAUGAUGGCAAAAUCAAAUACCAAGAUAUCAUCCAAUCCACACACGAAUUUGAUCCAAGAUACCUGAUCGGAAUCGGAGGAUACGGCAAAGUCUACAAAGCAAACCUCCCAGGUGCAAUCGUAGCCGUUAAAAAGCUACACCAGACGAUGGACGAAGAGAUGUCAAAGCCGGUGGUGAAACAAGAGUUCCUAAACGAGGUAAGAGCAUUAACAGAGAUCCGUCACCGCAACGUGGUGAAGCUCUUCGGCUUCUGCUCCCACCGCCGCCACACUUUUCUGAUCUACGAGUACAUGGAAAAGGGAAGUUUAAACAAAAUUUUAGCUGACGACGAAGAGGCGAAGCAGCUCAACUGGACCAAAAGGAUCAACAUCAUGAAAGGUGUGGCGUACGCGUUAUCGUAUAUGCACCACGACAGCUCAAUUCCGAUCGUCCACUGUGAUAUUAGCAGCGGCAACAUCCUUCUCGAUAAUGAUUACGAAGCUAAGAUCUCCGAUUUCGGCACAGCGAAGCUUCUCAAAAUGGAUUCCUCCAAUUGGUCCGCCGUUGCCGGAACCUACGGCUACGUCGCUCCAGAAUUGGCUUACACGAUGAAAGCGACGGAGAAAUGCGAUCUGUAUAGCUUCGGAGUUCUGACGCUGGAAGUGGUAAAGGGGAAACAUCCGGGAGAUUUGGUCUCGACUUUGUCUUCGCUUCCGAGAAAAACUCUGUCGCUAAGAAGCAUUUUCGAUGAACGAUUACCGGAACCAGAGGCAGAGGUUAGAGAGAAGCUCGUGAAGAUGGUGGAAGUGGCUUUAUCGUGCUUACAAGCAGAUCCACAAUCUCGGCCAACAGUGUUAUCAAUUUCCACAGCGUUUUCUUAGAACUCUCCACCAUCACUUUCUUUAGACUGAACAC